AUCAGCCUUAGUUACAGGAAACCCUUUGUAAAAACUACGUUAUGUAGAUUCAGCAACUCUUGCGAGAAGUUGUAGUCUCGGCAAGUACUAGAGGCCCUUAUUAGAUAGAAUCGAUUUAGCACAACUUCCUUCCCCGCUUGAGAGAAUAAAGCCAAAAAAAUGCAAUCUGUGAAAGCCCUCCUCGAGUCCAUUGACCAUGCGUGGGGGCAUUACGAGGCCCAGCGAGGGCAGCUGCGGAGCGUGUUGAAAAGGGAUAAAGAAGUCCAGCUCUACCAAGACGGAAACGAGGAGAACAAGGAACAGGACAACGUUCUACAGAUCAUAGAGGACAAUAAUAGUCCAGACGAAGGAGCAAAAGACGGGGGAGGAGACAGCGCAAGUAAUACCGGUGCAGCAACGCCGGAUAAUGGUAUUAAAGCAGAAAAAACAUCUUCCUCUGCAAAGGACGAAGACUCAGCACCAUCAACCGGCCCACCAAUCUUCAAAAUGUACAAUGCGACACUAACCGAAGCGACGCGGCUAGCGAGCAAAGCGCUCUUUGUGUUUCAGGGAGAAGUGCAGACGGCGCAGAGUUUAUGGAAAUGUUGAAAAAUAACUGGGUUAUUCCGCAUGUUUUGCAUGCACUGUGUCUGUGUGAUGAAAAUGUAGUAGCUGAAUCAGACACGAGACAGAGUUCUUACAUUGGCUGCAAAUCAGUGUAUUGCGACUUUCAUUCCAUAACUGCGUUUGGAUCUCAGGGAUGAAAUUUGUGUUGCAAGAUGUAAAACGUAUAGAUACUGAGCACAACGAGUCAUACUGUUCGCUGGUGCAUGAGCGAGACUACACGUUGCACUCCAUUUUUUCACACCCAUAACCUCUCGUUGAGGGUCUGUCUCAUAAAGAAGCACAGCACGGCGCUGUGAUGUUGUGGCAGCGGAGAUAG